AUUUAAUACCCAAUUGACUUGAGAUAUAGAGUGAGAGUAGUGAGAGAAAUAUUUCUAAUCAAAUUUCUCUGAAAACUACAUCUAACUGAAGAAGAAGAAGAAAGAAGAAGCCAACAUGUUGAGAUUAGCUUCAAGGGGUGGCAUCAAAUCAAGGGCUCUGCUUCAAAUUUUCAAUAAAGACUUCUCCACUCACGUUGAGAGGAAACUUGAAGGCAAGGUGGCGCUGAUCACCGGAGCAGCAAGUGGAAUCGGAAAAGAAACCGCUUCGAAAUUCAUCAACAACGGCGCCAAAGUUGUAAUAGCAGAUGUACAAAAUCAGAUCGGCCAAGAAACUGCCUCCGAGCUCGGGCCAAACGCCUCUUUUGUGGUCUGCGAUGUCACAAAAGAAUCCGACGUUUCCAAUGCAGUGGAUUUCACUGUCUCCAGCCACGGAAAACUCGACAUUAUGUACAACAAUGCAGGUAUACCAUGUUGUACUCCACGGAGCAUAGCUGAUCUUGACCUCGAUGCAUUUGAUCGAGUCAUGGCUAUCAACGUCCGUGGGGUGAUAGCAGGGAUUAAACACGCAGCUCGAGUGAUGAUCCCACGUAAAACCGGUUCCAUAUUGUGCACAGCUAGUAUUACAGGGGUGAUAGGAGGUCUAGCGCAGCCUACAUAUUCGACAACCAAAUCCUGUGUGAUCGGAAUCAUGAGAUCAGUUACAGCAGAACUAAGUCAGAACGGAAUCAGAAUCAAUUGUGUAUCGCCCUUUGCAAUUCCAACUCCGUUCUAUAUGGAUGAGAUAAAAUUGCAUUUCCCGGAAUUGGAACCUGAAAUUCUUGUUAAAAUGUUGCAUCGCACUAGUGAAUUAAAAGGAGCCUACUGUGAGCCAAUUGAUGUGGCUAAUGCUGCUCUGUUUUUGGCUAGUGAUGAUGCCAAGUAUGUUAGUGGCCAUAACUUGAUGAUUGAUGGAGGUUUUACCUCUUAUAAGAGUUUAAACUUUCCCAUGCCCGAUCAAGUAUAGUACUCCUACCGUUUUAAUUUGAAUGAUUUAAUUUGACUCAACACCAGUAUUAUGAACCAAAAGAAGAUUUUUUUAAUUUUAAAUUAAAAAUGUGUGUAAUUCUUUUAAUUUUACGGUGUUAAAGUUGUUAUAUGAGAUGUUGGAACUUAAGAACUUGCUAAA